AAUGUGGUUCACAAAGCUGUUUAGAAGUAGUUUAUCUUUCUGUAAGGAGGGUCAAAUUAAUUUCUUUGUCAAGUUCUUUAUAAUGGCCUUUCUCAUGUUAACAUCUAGCCAGUUGUUCUGUCAUAGUAAGAGAGAAAUUCCUUCAUUAUCCCAUCUAGUGCCUACUGAGUGCUUCAACCUAUUUGUGAUUUUAAUCUAUGUGUUUGUUCUUCUGUGAAAUUAUGCUGGCUAUUACUAUUUGGACAUAAUUAAUCCUACUUCUCCUCUUUGGUGUGAGUUCUGCAGGUUAAUUGCACCAUUAUACAAUUAUGCUCUAAUACUUGUGAAAUACUUCUUGUUUCAACCAUAAUUUGGCUUAUGUUAUCACCCCUCUUUCUAUAUUAACCUUCUUGUCAGCACCUCCACUUUUCAGUAGCUGAAAAUUCACUUGUGUUUGAUCUCACAAUACUUGAAUGUGGGAGCUUCGCCAGCGUUGAACAGUCAAUUCCAGUGGGCUCGGCUGCUUUUCAAUUCCUUGCUCACCAUCACCAAAACUGAUACCAAAAGAAAAUCACAGAUACUUCCCCUCAUUUCUUUACCUUCAAUCUCAUAACCAUGUCACUUAAUUUUGUUUUAUUAACCUUAAUGAAUCACUUAUUUACAGCAUUUUUAUCUAUGGCUGAAGGAUUUCUGCAGUGUAAUACAACCUUUAGGACAUUUAUUUUGGUUAUCAGACUGGAAACAAAAUUCUCUCCACAUGAAGUUUGUAAUAGGUUCCAGUGUGGGGAAGCAAAUGGGGCUAUAUGUUCACCUAGUCUGCGAUACAGUUUUAGGCCACUUUCAUUUGGAGCAGAAAACAAGGGAAGUGCUUUGUUUGGAGAAUUGCUGGAAACUCAGAAGUUAUAGACGUUCUUCUAGUUAAUUUAUCCACAAAUCUAAAGCUGUCAUAAAGGAAUGUGAACAAUGUUGGUGACAUACCUGGAAAGUCUAUAUGGAAAGGAGUGGUGUAAAUGAUGCUGGACACUGGUAUGUUAUUAAUAAUUAUGAUAUUGGGACUGUGACAAAGUCAAACCUUGCGCUUCUGAAUCACCUAAGCAUCCUGAAUAACCAAGGAUACUGUCCUGGCCAAAAUCCUCCUCCAAAUGUAUACCGUGGGUUUUAGUUCUGAACACACAGAAUUUGGUCCACCCUACUUUGCAGAGAAUUAAACCACCUUGUUCUUCUAACUAUGUAUAGUCCCGCAGCAAAACCAGGAGGAAACAGUACUAUUUUCAAAUAACUCGAUGAAUGAGAAAACCGUUAAUGACUGCAGCUUCCACACCUCCUGGGGAUUUAGUCACACAACUCCCAUCAGCUUCAGGAUUGUCAUUUCUCGUAAUCUCUUUGGAAAUAUGCCUCAAAUAUUUUUACUGCAAAGGCAAAACACAAAGGAAGCAAAGGAAUUCAGAGUGGAAGUGGAAACUCUCUUCCUCCUGUGUAUUUCUGAAGCCUUCGAGACGCAGCCAAGCUUGUAUAUAAUAAAAUGCAAUAACCAGUUAUGAGGGAUGAUUUUAAAAGGAGAAAGAAGGUAACAGACGAAUUUGCUGCCACUUGCAGUGUGCUGCUUAGAUGUUGUGUACUCUGACAUUAAAACAAACCCCCCCUCAGACACAGAGUGCUACAGCCCCCUUGACACCAACAGUGUCCCGGUGAUGAAAUUUGGUGGGAACGUGCUCCAUGACUCCAAGAAGCGCUAGGACAGCAUAGGGAGAACAAAUCAGAGGCAUCAGACCAGAUGCACAGUCAAGGGAAAAAAACUACUGAAAUGAGAUUGAUUGAACAGUUGUAGCUGAAAGGUUGGAGCUCAUUUUAGAUCCCCACGGGUCUUUUUUCUUCAUCUUGUCAAAAUUUGCAUUCUCCCUAAGUGGCUCUGUGUGAAAUCUAACUAAGCAACCAGCUCCACAGUAAGUGUUUACCAGGCAGAAGAUAUCACUGGCUUGGACGUGAGCUGACAGGAUGAGAGGGAAAAUGCUGGGGACACCAGGCCCUUCUCUGCCGCAAGUUCCAGCAAGCCACAUAGAGUGUCAUCCAUCUUAUUUUAUCUACCAAAAGUAUAUUUAUCAGCCUAAAAUUGUCACCAAGAUACACCAAGAGAGAGGAAAAUUGAUGAUUCCCCAUUACUAUCUUUGGUGACUCUGUCUGGUUGUGACAGUACUGCAAACGAUUUCAUACUUCAGCUGUACCAUAUGAAAACAGUUUUGUGCAUGUAAGUAAACUGUGAGAAAACUAUAUAUAUGUGUUGAAUCUGACAUCACAUAUGGUUUCAGGCAUGUAAAAUUUUAAAAUUAGAGUUUGGAAAAAUAAUUUAGUUUGGAGGAAGGAAGCUCUGUCUUUUUAUUCUGUUUCUUUUUUUUUAGGUUGAAGUCAUGAAUCCAGCUGCCUUCAACACAAACCUUAAUGAGAAAGCUUGGAAAAUGCUCUUAUGUUUGUAGCUUUCUUGCAUCUUAUAAUAUUCUGUGGCUUUUUUCUUAAAAAAAAAAAAAAAAGAGAAUCAAGAUUCAACAUACUGUUCUUUUCAAUGUCAUUUACAAAUACAAUACCAUAGAAAAACAUAAAGGACCUGGAGGAUCUGGAAACUGAAAGCCAAGCAAACACAACUAAGGUUAUUGCAUCACUUUUUUUCAUUGUUUUCCAAACUAAUCUCAAGACUUUUUAAACAAUUUGACUGAAUUUUUGGUGUUUCAUGUUGGAGAUGGUGUAAAUAAAGCUCAAGUUUUUUAUUUUACAAGACAAAGAAUGGCAACUCCACAUCAGUGGAAUAUAAAGCUCAAAUUUUCUUUUGGGACAAAAACAUGAUAAAUUUGUGACAUAUUGAUCAAAUUCUACCUCAAAUAAGAAAGACACUGCUCUAAUUAGCUUUAUUUUACAUUCUUCAUUUUAUUUGUCUCCCUCUGCGAGCCCAGUGUGAUGAUCAAAAAUCAGAGUCACACGUUAACUCUGUUAAAUAUCUACUAUGACAAAAGAGAUUAUCAGGAGGACAAAGUCUUUGUUGAUGAUUAUGCUCACACAAAGGGAAAGUUCAAAAGCUGGAGGGGUAAGAUCACAUCAGUCAAAAAGAAAAAAAAAAAUCUUCCUCUUCAUGAUGGCAAAUAAAAACUGGAUCUGUUCACAGAAGAAUACAAGAGAUAUUUCCACUCAGAUUAUUUAGCUUCAGGCUUCCUACACCUUUUGGAAACACCACACUUUCUGUUUACAUUUAGAAGGGUGUGGUUUGACACACAGGUUUUAUUACCUAGCCCUUGGUUAACAACUUAAGUUAAGAAUGACUGUUUUCAGUAAUUCAUGCAACAUUUAUGUAGGGUGGUGCUAAGGGAGCUGAAAUUUUCUCUUUUUAAUAGUGCAUUAGACUCUGAUGUAUUUUGCACAUGACACAUCAGAGAACAUGAGUAUGUAACAUAUUCCUUCAAUAUAUGUGACCACUGGAAACACCACAGUAUAUCUCAAAUAUGGGAUUAUUAAUAUCUUAUUUAUACAGAAAAUUUAAAAACAGAGUUUAGAAAUGUGAUUGCAUUUAGUAGGGGGUUUUUUGUGACUGCGUUUGAGAUGUUUUUCAUUCAGUAGACUACAGUUCAUGUUUCCAUUUUAGAUUUCUUUGGUUUUUUUCAGCUAUUCCAAGACUGAAUGAAAGUCAGUGAUCUUUAACAAUAGGUGAAUCUUUUAACACUUAGAAAGGAAGUCAAAUAAACAUGGGGGUGGACACCCUAACAAUAUUUACAAAUGGAAAACACCAGAGGGUAGUAUUUAUUUAUUUUCCAAGAUAUUUGGAAACAGUGGAACACUCUGGCUGCCAAAUCCAAAAGGGUAAAACCGAACACUUAAAUUCCUCUCUGUCAAAUGCAAUCUAUUUCAGUACUUCUGUUGGUGAGCAUGUGAGAAAGCUGUUGUUCAGAUCAUAUGGGCUAUCAGGACAAGACUGAGAAGCGUAAUAUUGUUAAGGAAACAAAAGAUAAGCACUAAACUGGCAAGCUUUGCUUCUCCAGCAGCUCUAAAUUAUUAACACCACAAAGCAGAAGCACUGAAAUCUUGAGAGAUACUUUGCAGGGCUGAAAUGAAUAAUUUAGGGAAGCUACUGUCUCCUGUCUCCUUAUUAAAUAGUCAAUUGGAAAUGACUGAAAAUAACUGGGAGCAACAAAGAAAAGGCUGUUGAAAUAGCACCUUUGCACAGCUUUGGGCUUCUUUGCUUGAGCUGAGGUGUGCUGUCUUAACAACAGGAGAAAACAAUUUCUCUAGCACUUAAUCUGAGGACUUGGUGGGAUACUUAUCUACACAUAUUAUUAGAAUUGUCCUCUGUCAAACAACAGACGUGAAAGUUUAUUAUACAAGCUGAUAAGUUGAUGAUGUUCACUGGUGUAAAAUCACGGGCCAGGAGCCAAGGUUUUCAAUUAUAGCGGGUCUGGAGUUCAACGUCUAAAUUUAGUUAUCGUUUUCCCCCCCAGUUUUCAGAUUCAUCUCUUCGAAAAUAAAGGAUCUAAUUCCUUUGCAUUAUUUUCCUUUUGUACUUUGUGUAAUCUCAAUUUCAAGGAAGCAUGAAGUGACUUUGAAAAAUUGCUACCAGUUGGAUUUCUUCUCUAGGUAUGCACACACUGUGGGAUAUAGUAGGGUUUUUUUUGCUAUAGCCACUUCUCACUAAUUCUGGAGGGAGAGUGGAGCAGAUAGUUUUUGGUUCCAUGACUAUAACAUGACAGCAAUCAUAUAGACUACAAAAUAUUUUAAUUUCUCAGUGGAACUUCAUGGGAAAUAUUAUGGCCAGAAGAAUUUUCUAAUAGCUCUUGGGGGUGGUCAAAGCAAACAUUUUUGAAGCAAAGUUAUGUUCCUGUUUCUAAUGAAGUGUGGAGGUGUGUGUGCAUGGAAGUGCACUGUAAUCAGGAUGUUAAAGAAACACACGUUUACAGGUCUAUCUCACAAAGAAUGUUUAGAAAACAUUUCAGGGAGUUGGACUCGAUCUCAUGGAUCCCUUCCAACUUGAGAUAUUCUAUGUUUAUAUGAUUCUCUAUGGUUUUCAAAAGAAGAUAAUUUAUUUGAAGGGUGAUGCCAAAUCCCCAAAUGACAAGACAGUGAUCUACUUUAACCUCAGUUAAAUUUCUAAACCUAGGCAAGUGAAUCCAGGCCAAAAACGUGCAAUGAACAGGAGCUGUUAUUAACUGAAGACAAAGGACUGAAGUUUUGGGAGGUGGUGUAAGAACAAUAAAUAGUGUUACACUUGCUCAGUUUCAAAGCAAACAAACCUGGACACUAAGGGUGGGUCGUGCUUGUAAUGAAGAACUGUGUGGAGAGAACUGUAGGCAACUGAAAGAGUCUAAACCCCAGGAAAGUUCUAAAAAAUGGAGAUAUCUUCUGAUGGUACAUAAGCAUUAAUAUUAAAAGAAGAGAAGCAGCAUCUGUGCUGUGCACAGCUCUUGGAUCUGGUACCCUGCUAAAAACUCAAUGCCAAAGACUCCUGCAUAUUCCUCUUCCCUGCUGCACCUACUCAGAAAACCCCCACAUGCCUGUAUUGGAGGACUUGCUUUGAAGGUGAGCAUCAGAACAAAGCACAGUGAUGAGCCAAAACCAAAUGAAAGGCCAGCCAGAGUCAGAAGUUCCUUAAAACCAGGUAACUCUGCACACAGGAAAAGUGCAGAAUUCAGUUCUUCGUCUCCACAGCCCUUUUUUUUUUUUUUCCAGCAUGAGCAUAAGCAAUUUCCAUUCUUCUCUCCUUAUUGUGUGCACAGCAAACAUCACAAGGAUAAUGCUUACUUACCCCUCAGGGGGCUGUGAAGAUUAAUUAGUAAAUGUUCCCAGUGCAUGUCAAAGAUGAAAGCUCAGUGUAAGUGCUAAGCAUUUGUGUAUUCAUAGACACCAAAAAUAUGCCUUCUCCACAGGAAAGAUGAAAAGUAGUACUGUUUUCUAGCUGUGUCUAAUUUCCAGAGGUGAAACUCUUGUUCUAUAGAAAGCCUACAAAAUUACCUCUUAAUAGGUGAGAUAUUUAGAGAAAAUAUUGUAUGAGACAUCCAAAUGUCUAUUUUCACUUUGAGCCUGGAUGAAGAAAUCAUUGAAAACCUGCUGAUUCCAUUAGGAGAAAAGAAAGAAAAGAUGAGUUAUGUUGUUCAGUGAGUUUAUAGUGGAAAUGAGGGGAAGAAAAUGUUCUACUUGGAGUUUAUAAUCCAAAGAGUAUUUAAGAUGCUUAUACCUUAUAUUUUCCCCCAGGAUCCUGCCAUUUAUCUCGCUUCAUACUGUUCAUUUUGUGUAGUAGGUCUUGAUCUAAACUUUAGUUUAGGCAUUAUAUUGUUCUGCUCAUUGCAGUUGCUUAUGAUUAAAACUAUAUUUUGCCAGAAGCAAAAUGAGGGCAUCUGAACACUUUUCUCAGAUCAAAGAGAUGUAACAGAAUUAAAAAUAAAUGCUAAACUAUACUUCUGUGUGAAAUGAUGGAGAUAAAAUCAAACUUAUUUUGUACUGUAAUGCCAUAAACUGUGUUUCUGUCAGCCUUAAAAUAAAUGGUCUAGGAAUGCAUCUUCCAAUAUUUAUUGUUUCAGAAGAUGUUCUGGAGUGAAUAUUUGGCUUAUUAUCAGGAAAGGGGCACCAGUUUGCACAUACAUGCACACAAAUCAAUAUAUACACCUCCGUGUACACAUAUAUACACAUAUAAGGCUCAUACACACAUAUAUAUACAUAUAUCAACAUAAGACUCAUAUAUAUAUAUAUAAAUACACAUAUAGAUGUAAUAUAUGUAUAUGUGUACAUAUGUGGGUACAGUUGCAUAGCUGUUCAUGAGAUGUAUGGUAUAAAUGUAUAUGUGUUAGGUUUAUAUAUGUGUAAAUUUUUAUGUAUAUAUUAAUGUAUGUUUGAGCUAUCAAACUUUAAUUCUGCUGUCCUUAAAAAUGUGAAGGAAAGUAAGAGACAUAUGUAGGUGUCUUUGGCAAGCAAUUUUCCUUGUUUCUGUAUACAAAUGUUGAGGUAAGGGACAUAGUCUCUAAUACUUAUUCUGCCUCAUAAUGUAAAGUUAAUUCUGAUAUCAAGUUUUCCAGAAGGUUUUGGCUUUGUUGUCUUCCAAACUGAUUGGAUGAAGAGCUGUUUCAGCCCCAUGAGAGUGGGGAGUCCAGGACAGCUUCUGAGUGUGAAGAUUUGUCAUCUUUAGACAAGAGCUACUUCUAUGGUAAUGAGAUGAACAGAAUCUGUAUCUUCCCAAAGUGACAAUAAAAAGUUUCCAGUGUAAUUUUUCAUCUUCAGGAAAGCAAGAAUUAUAUGUGCUGUUCUGACUGUACUGAAGCCAACAGCACCCAAAUUCUGUAGCCAGAGACAGAGUGAAAUGAAUGAAGAACUGACUACAGAGAAGCCAUGAUUCUAAGAAGUCAAAACCACCAAGUGGAAGGGGUCCCUGCCCACGGCAGGGGAUUUGGAACAGAUGAUCUUUAAGGUCCCUUACAACCCAACACAUUCUAUGAUUCUUGAAUAACUUACUUAUGUGGUUGAAUUAUGAGGACUGAACUUCUAUCCUCAAAACACAGCCAAAGGGACGUAUGUGCAGUGGUAACAUUAACAGAGUAGUAUGUGAGUGUGCAAAAAUAAAAUAUAAUGAAAUACAAAAGCAGACUUUGUGGGCUUCACACUCUAACAUAGGGAAGGUUGUUUUGUUCUUUCAAAGUGCCCACUGGCACAGGCACCUUCAGUGUCACCAACCCUAAGAUGCGUUCGUAGGGUCAUAAGAAACUGCUCAUCCUUCAGAGAUGAAAACCAAGAAGAAAUGUUCACAUCUCUUUACAUUCUUCGUGUCUUUCCUGAUAUAUAUAUCAGGUGAGGCAGAGUAGAGGCAAAAUAGGGACCUAGAUCAAAGUAGGAAAGGAGCUGAGCAGCAUGCAAGAAUGGAUAAUACAGUGUAGUCAGAUCAAGGAAUAUAUGAUCUGAUACUGGUGAGAAACCUCUCACAAGUGGGACAAUCCUGUCCUUCUGCUUUCCAAACUGGCUGCAAAUUGCAUCAGUGACUGCAGACCAAUGUGAUAGGAGGAAGCUAUCAGCAGAAGCCCAAGAAGCAAACCAAGCAUCAGGAGAAACUCUCACAGCAGUUGCAGGCUGCUAUGUGUACCUAAUAGGACACCCAGUCCUUUAAGCACAGAAUAUCCUCUGAAGCACUGCCCAUUUUUUUUCUUGUCACAUGCUAUGUACAUACAGCACCAGUGAGAGGUAAAGCAAUUUGAGUCUCCUUGGGAAGCAUAUAUAUAUAUAAAUAUGAAUAUAUAUAUAUAGUUCAAUAAUUGAUAACUCAUUUCCUACCCUUUAUUCUCCCAACCUGCAACAUAAAAUGCACCAAACAAUAAGAUUUGCUGAAAGCUAAACUGAAGAACUGUAAGUGAACUAUGACUUUUACACCUGUAUGCACAGAAAAACAGCAGAAAAGAAUAUCUUAAUUAUGUUUCACGUAAUAGCACAGAUAACAUAAUCCAAAUAGUCUGAAAGUCACAGGUAUGUUUGUAGCUAUUAUUUUCCUGAAAACAGCCAAGGCACUAUCACCAAAUGUGGCAUUUAAAAAUAAUUAAAUCAAAUUUUUAAGCUUAUUUAAGGUAAUGGUGCAACAUGAAUCAGGCUUUAAGCACAUAAGUAGGAGUGUAAAAGCCUUCUUAUCUUUCGUUACCAUGCCAAUGACAUCUAGCUAUCAGAUUACGUCAUUUGCUUUGUUUUAUAAGCAGGAAUGAGUCCCCCAUCUGCAAUCAGUGCUGUGAGAAUUCAAUCAGCAGACAGCAUUGUGUUUUUUAAGAAAGCACUGCUGGCUGAAAUAAUGGUGCCUGGUGGUACAUCCCAGCUCUCCAUAAAAAAUGCUAUAGAAAGCUUGAUAACGUGGACGAGUCUCAAAAUCAGUAAGCCGCCUCCUGAAGACAAAGUUGCUCAGAAAAACAAGGACAUCUUCAACAUUGUCAUGACUCCUGAUCGCAUCCCUAAAUUUUUCAUCCCUUCUCUGGACAUAGAGCAUGUUUCCUUCCAGCAGGAGCCAGAGGAAGACACCAUAGAGAAUUCUCCUGAGAGGGAAGUCUCUGACGAAAUUGUUCAGAAGCGCAGAACAACUAGAAGCAAAUCUGAUUCCUACAUCAGGAAAGAAACAAUGUGCCAAGGAGAGAGUCUGGACAGAAGAGGAACCCUGUGUUUUACAGACCAAAUGGCUUUCCCGGAAGACCUGGAGAGAGCUGCACAUCACUGUGACCCAGCAACAAGAGCUGCUUUCUCUUUACCACACCUCUCCAAAAUCACUACCCCCUAUGGGUUCCUCACACUGGGUGAAAGCCCAAAUACCAGAAGGAAAGAGUCUCUCUUUUUUCAGCAUGACUCUGAAGAGCUUAGAAUCCUCUUGUCCCAAAGGAAGAAGACCCCAACUCUAGUAAGGAGCUCAUCCAGCCCUUUCAGUGAAAUUCAACAAACCACGGAGUGCAUAAAACCUUCAGACACCCCUUUUAAGACCAGGCAGCCUGUUUCCUGGGAGUCAGUCUGCAACAGCCAGCUUUCUCCUCUGUGCUGCAAACCAGACUCUGAAACACACCCUGCGAAAUGUGAGAAGAAGGGGUUUCAGGUGACGCUGAAAAGACACCUGGCCAGCAUCAAGCGGAUGAGAUCUGGCAGUGGGAUGAACUGGCUCUGCUAACCCACAGGGAGCUGCCUCAGCUCUUAAGCCCUGUGAAAAUUUAAAAGGGACUGUCUUUCACAGAGGUGUGCAAACAUGAGUGUGUGGCACACAUUCAGCAUUGCAAGCUCCUGAUAAAGGAGAUCAGACAGAACUUGUUAUAUUUGUGAGGUUGAAUUCAUCUCCUCUUUCCUAAAUUCACACUCAGAAGCCUUGAAUCCUUUACAAUGCAAGCAAAGACAGGACUAACUGAAACAGGCCAUUUUGCGGAGAGAAUGUUGCCUUUCCUGGUCAUGCCUGUGUAUCUGUGAGAAGGAAGGAAAUGAUUACAUCCAAAGCAAACUGCAGAAAAAGAAAAUGUCAUCUUUUAGGGUAGCAGUGUUGGUUUCAGACUGAUACAAAAACUGAAAAGAAGAAACACGGUAGCUAGUCAGGUAAAAAAUGUGGGGCUUUUAUUACUUCUAAUAUUAGAGUGCAAGUGAAAACCGAUUAAGUGUUAAUUUGUCCCAGGGUGUUUACAGCAGGUAGUUGCAAGCAGCUGUUCAUAACUCCUGGCAGGAACAUGCUGGCUGAGAGGGGAAGCCAAGUGCCUGCUUGCUGAUGACAGUGAAGAGCAAACCAUUUUCUGUAUUUAACAAAUCUGCUUAUUUUGUCACUGCUUUAGUUAGCCUUUCAACAUGCUUGGAAUUAGGGGGAACACAAUGUGAUUUGUUUAGCUUCUUACCAGUGUUAAAGUAUAAUACCAUUCUAUUUUUAUCCUGUAUUUGUUCCAGUUAUAACUAAACCCAAUAAAAUGUCUUUUUCUUUAA